AUGGCGGCAGUUGGGAAAAAGGUGGUCAUCCCACCACCAGUGAUAAAGAAACCGGAUAUCGCGGUCAAGAAACCGUUGAUACCUGUUUCGCCGGCAGCGGGUGUCAAGAAACCGGGGGCGGCCAUCUAUCCAAAGAAACCAGGAGAUGGCGGUGCGAUGAAGCCGCCGAAGCCGAUACCGCUGUCGAAGAAGCUCCCGGGUGAAGAUCCCGGCCCCGCAGCAAAGAAAGAUUUCGUCAAACCAGCUCCGAAGCCAGUCGCCCUAGGGAAGGCCGGGGCAGCAGCCGCGGCGCCGAAAAAGGGCGUAUAUGGUGGAAAAGUUUCGGCGAAGAAGGACAACCUGCCCAAUUCUGUGGGCAAGGAGGCGAAUCCUGCUGCCCCGAAAGGCGUCGCAGGAGCGAAAACAGUUGCGAAAAAGGCCGCUGACCCAAAGGCGAAGGCGGGAGCUUCGGACAAGAAAGAGGCCGCAUCCGCGAAGGGCUCCAGCGGCUGGGGUUUCUUUUCACGUCUCUUUCGGCGGAAACCGCAAAGGCCGGUCGAGACUGCCAAAUCUGCAGAGAAAAAACCUCCUCCCAAGUUCGAAGCUGUAAAACCUCGGAAAAUGGUCGGAAAGAAAUUUGGGCCGGCUGGUGCGGGAGACUCAAAGUUUCAGCCGCGGUUUGGCCAGGGGCCGGCACCGUCGCCGAGUCCGGCAGCCAAGGAGCUGCCCAAGACUGGCACAACCCCCCCACUAAAGAAAGCAUCAGAGGUGGCAGCCUCCCCCCCUGCGGCUCCGAAAGUUCUUGCUGGGCUGCCGCCGCUCAAGAAGCCCGCUAGUGAGGCUGCAGUUCCUGCAAAAGGGCCCGCCGUCCUUGCACUUGCACCGAAAAAGCCGCUUCCGACAAUCCAGCCGAAGAAGCUUCCUGGGGCACCGCUUUUGGACAAGAAAAUUGAAGUCAAAAAAGUUGAAAUUGUGCCCAAGAAACCGCUUGCUGCUCCAGAUGAGGCAGCAGAAAGUCUUAAGAAGCCCGCUGCAGCUCCUGCGCCCAAGCCUGAGCCAGCGGAGAAGAAAUCGCUUGUCGCAAAGAAGUCGCUCGCACCGAAGGGGGACGGACAGGCGAAGGAGGAAGGCAAGCGCCCUUCCGUUCCAGGCCUCUUGAAGCAGCGAGGGGACGGGCUCAAGGCAGGGCCGGCACCGAAGCGCACCCUUGCGGAGCUCUUGGGUCAAACGGCAGCCAAGGCUCCAUCCGGGGAUGAUUCGCCCAUAGACGAUUCUCUUUCUGUCAAAGUAAAAUCCUACUUCGAGCAGAACCCCGAAAGUAUUCCACAAGAUGACGAAACAUUGAAAGCGGCCGAGGUUUCUCAGAAUUUGAUCACGCAGGUUACGCAGGCUGUGGGGGCGUCCCCAUCGGAUCAAGAAGCUGUGAAGAAGGCAAUCAAGCUCGCCUUCAACUGCGACAUCGCGUCACGACGUCUGAGAGAUUUCCUUAAUGCCCGGUGGACCGGAAGUCGAGCAGAGUUGAUUGAAGGCAAGCUGGGGCCAGAGCCAGUUGCCAAAGAAGUACUGAAGGAUAACCCGAAAGUCCUGGAAGCUCGAGACUGGAUCGCUCUCGCGCAAGACAUAAAAGCAAGUGCUGUCGCCGUUCACAACGCUCUUGAGAGUCUGAAGAACGACAAGGCAAUCGCGUACAAAGAUCUUAUAGCGGGGCCUUUCGGGGAUGCCGCGAAAUUUGGAUCCCUGGCAAACCCUAUCAUCAGUUCGAUUCAAGCCAAGCAAGAGACAGCCGCACUGUCUUCCCGGAACCUUCUGAUUGAGCUCCAGUCAGUCGCCGCGCACCACCAAGCUGUGGCAGAUCUGCGUACGUAUCUCGAGAACGAGCCGGAGGUAUCCAGAGCCAUCAUAGACGCUCCGAAGUUUAAAGAGAAGCCAAAAGCAACAGCAGCGAAGCCUACAGCCGCUUCCACCACCAGGGCAUUUGCAGGUGGCGGCGCCGGGGCACGAACCGUAGCCGCGGGAGCUGCGCCUGCGGGCGUGGGUGCUGCAGGGCCAGCCUUCAUGGGUUUCCGCGGAUUCGUCGCGAAGCGCCAGGGGCUUGGAGCCCGUCGUGCAGAUACACCCGAGUCCCUGAAAGCACACGGGGAUAAGCUGUUUACCGAUGCAAUGUCAAAGAUCGCAGCGGCCUUGGGAGACAAGUAUAGCUACGCGAUUCUCGCCGGUGCCGCUCACGAGCUGGAAACACAGCUGACAAUUCCAAAAGGUACCUGCUGGCUGGCCGACAUCCUGCUUCCAAUGGAGAAAGAAGGGGACAUCUUCAGCCACCACCGCGUUCUCUCGUACAUGUUUGGAUUCUUUGAUUCCACGAGUUACGUACGCUUUCGCGAGUGCAGCAAGCUCACAUAUCGCGCCGUUGAAAUGGAUCUUGCCAAGCGGCUUUACCGCCUUCCCCUACAGGCUCAGCAGGAGCGGACAGACAUUGGAUACUUCUAUCAAAUAGUCAGUUUCUUCUGCCGCGUGGCCGCCCGCCUCUCACCACUGAAUCGCCUGCGGUAUGGCCUGACAGUGAACGCGCUGAAAGCCGCUGAGUGGAUGGUUCCCGUCACCCCAGACGCCAUGCGGAGUUCUCUGUUCGUAUCACUUGAUCGACUUCCGCACGAUAUGAUCAGCCUCAGGGAAGCCGAAAAGCCCUUGCCCCAUCUUUGGAAAAAGAGCCAGUCCAAAGGAGAUUCCAUUGGGAAGGCGACUUCGGCUGAGAUCAACCUAGCGGACUUCAUUUGGGAGUACCGGCAGCGGGUCACUGUGAAUCGAGACGAGAUCGUGUGGCAGCAGCCAGUGGACGAGCUCGAUGUAGGCGCGGUUUGCGCGCUCCUUCAGCAGGCAACUCCUGCGUCUAUGAUGCACGAGUGGAGGCGACAGUGA